AAUAUUUUACAAACGUGGAAACCAUACUCUACACAUACAUAUUUAUGUUUGCAGUGGAAGUGAUUUGAUGGAGGGGGUAUUUUUAUUAUUUUAUUAUGUGUGUAUAAAGUUGUGUGCAAAUAUGUAUGUAUAUGUAGCAUUGCCCUUUUAUUAAACCGAAGGAAUCCGAGUCAUUAAUUCACCCGAAAGUCUGAAUUCUCAAUUUCCCCUGGGUUUCCCCCAUUGAUCUUCCAAGUCUUCCCCGUCAAUGGCCACCACAGCGCCGCCGUUCGUCUUCAUCGACGCACCCACCCUCCGUUCAACCCUCAGCUACAAAAACCUGAUCGGCCACCUCCAAACCACCCUCCCCGCCGCCUCAACCACCCUGCAAUCCCCAACCCGCCACGCCCACCCGACCAGCGCCACAGCUUCCCUCCUCCUUAUGCCCUGCUGGUCCCUCUCCCCCUCCCUCCCCUACAUCGGCGUCAAGCUUGUCACCCACCACCACAACAACAACUCCCUCCGCCUCCCCUCCAUCCAUGCCACCUUCACCCUCUUCCACUCCCUCACCGGCCAGCCCCUCGCCGCCAUGGACGGCGGCGAACUCACCCUCCUCCGCACCUCCUGCAUCUCCGCCCUGGCCUCCGUCUACUUAUCAAGCCCAUCCUCCCAAGUCCUCCUCAUGGUCGGCGCCGGUUCGCUCGCCCCACACCUCAUCAAGGCCCAUCUAACCACUCGGCCCAGCAUAACCAGAGUCCUUAUCUGGAACAGGUCUAUAGACAGAGCCAAAACCCUUUCCGAGAAAAUGGGUGUUGAGUUCGAGGCAGAUGGCAUUAGCUUCGAGCACACCGAACGCUUGGAGGAGGCGGUGGGGGCGGCGGACAUAGUGAGUUGCGCCACCAAUUCGGAGGCACCGCUGGUGGCGGGAGCGAGGUUGAAGGGCGGGGCGCACUUGGACUUGGUGGGGUCUUUUAAGCCGUCGAUGAGGGAGUGUGACGACGAGGCGAUUAGGAGGGGGAGAGUGUUUGUGGACAAUGAGGCUGCAAUGGAGGAGGCUGGAGAGCUGGUGGGUGCGUUUGAGAGGGGCGUGAUUAGCCGCCGUGAGGUUGCUGGGGGAUUAGUGGAGUUAGUGAAGGGGGAGAAGACUGGGAGGAGGGAUGUGAAUGAAAUCACUGUGUUCAAGUCUGUGGGUUCAGCAACCUGGGAUGUUCUGGCUGCACAGCUGGUCUACGAGACUUUGAUCAAGGCUCAGAAUGGCCAAUAAGCUCUGCGUGUCAAUUCGGACAAUUGUUUCUUUUCUUUCUUUUUCGUUAUCGCUUUUAAUCUCCUUUUCCAUGUUAUGCAUUCAUGCCUAAGCUCUUGUACUCUAUUAAUAAUAAAAGUUUCCAGAGUAGUUAAUGUUUUA